AUGUACGAUAGCCUGACAGGAGGCUUCAGCGGCAGCGCCGCCCAGAACAGCGCCGGGGGCGCGGCGGGCGGGAGCGGCGGGGGGGCCGGUGGCGGCGGCGGGGGGCCGGCGGGCGGCAGCGGAGGCGGCGGAACUUCCUCGGGCAGAGGCAGCGGGGGCGCCGGCAGAUCAUCGUCGAGGUCGGGGAGUGCGCGAAACCAGCUGGUGACCUCGGUGACCUCUAGGGACGUCCGGGAGAAGUAUGAGAUCGAGAGGUCGCAGCUGGGGCACGGACACUAUGGGGUGGUGCGGAGAUGCUGGGACAAGUCUACCCGCGAGGGGCGCCUGCUGGCGUGA